AACCUAACCUUAUAUAUAAAAAUAACAUCAACAGCUGAUUAAAUGUUUUGUCAGUUUAUUUUUUAUUAUUAAAUGGAUAACUUAUUUGUAAAGUUAUAUGUUUGAUGACUGAAUAAUAUAUAUUUAUUGUGCAUCGUAUUAUGGUGAUAACCUAGGAAGAAUAUAUAUACAUAUACAACAAAUGAAACGUAUUCAAAGUGAAAUUAUGGAAUUGGCUAAUAAUUCAACUUCAAAAUUAGAAAAAAAGUGUGAAUGUUCUUCACUUGAUUGUUAUUGUGAUGUAUUUAUUAGACAUGAGUGGACAUGGGACUCUUCAUUAGCAUCGACAAAAGUGAAAUUGUUUAAUGAAAAUUUAGCAGUGAAAUUUAAUCCAGGUUAUAGUAAUGGAACAACUGCAAUUCGUGGAACGGAAUGCAUGUUGAAAGGAAGACAUCAUUAUUGGGAAAUAAAAAUUCUCACUCCUGUUUAUGGAACAGAUAUUAUGAUAGGAGUGGGAACACUUAAAACUGACACAAUAAUCGAUGCUUAUUGUUCACUUUUGGGUCGUGAUUGCGAAUCUUGGGGUCUUUCGUACAGAGGAUAUACACAACAUGGAGGAGUUAAGAUGAAUUAUUGUCGUGGAUUCGUAAAAAAUAAUGUCGUUGGAAUUCAUUUAGAUACUUGGAAAGGUACUCUUCAAUUUUUCGUGGAUCGAAAACCAUUAGGAGUUGCUUUUACUGGCCUCAGAGGUAGACAACUAUAUCCAAUGGCUUGUUCAACAGCUGCAGAAAGUAAUAUGCGAAUAAUUUAUAAUUCAUCAGAGCCAGCGUCUCUACAAAUGAAUUGUUUGGAAAUUCUUAGACCAAUUCAUCGUGCAUAUCUUAGUGCAGCAUUUCCAGGGAUGAGAUACAUUUUUAAAAGUGUAUUUGCCGAUAUUCUUCAAAAGCCUUACGAUGAUGAUGAUAAUGAUGAUGAAUUUUUCAAAAAAAUUACGUAUCUCGACAAACUUGAUCAUCCAUUUGCGUUGGAACAUGAGGAACAAAAACGUGUUCGUUUAGACAAUUAUCAACCAUCGGCACUACAACUUGAUUCUCUAAAUAUAUGAACUUUCUUCUGCUCAAGAAUCAUUUCCAAUUAAAAAAAAAAUUCCAUUCUAUUUCAUUCAAUUUAUAAUUAGUGAUUAUGAUUUAAUACCUCCUAUAAAAAUAGUGCAAUGAUUUGUACAUUAUUUUAUCUCAUAUAUUACCCUAGUAAUACUCAUUUAGAAAAAAAUGUUUAAAUCUGUCAAAAAAUGAUUGUGAUUUUAAACCUUUCGUAUAAUAUUUGUAAGUUAUGAAAAUAUUUAUUUAUUCAAAAAAAUGUUAAUUUAUAAAUUGUUCUACGUAAUAAAAAAAAUUUUUUAAAUCUGA